ACAGAGAACAUGUGGUGAUUCACAGCUUUGCAAGAACUCUUUCUGCUUGAAGUUACAUGAACUAACUUGAUAUGUACUAAUAGAACAGGACAAGUCUGAAACUGACUUUCAUGAGGAAUUACCAGCCGGUGUAUGUUUAAGAAAGGACCUGUACGGUAACACAUGACACGAUAUCUAUUCAAGAAAUAAAAGCGAUGGCAAUACUGGAAAGGCCUGUUUAUUCCACUUUGAAAUCUGCAUUUAUUACCUCGGGUGAUUCAUCCAAAAUAUGUGAAACAAAAUCUGCAGCCAAUCAGCAGUAUAUUAAAGAAGAUUAUAGUUUUAAUACUGAAUCGGAUAGUAAAGACAGUUUCUUGAUGCCAAAUGCCAGCAAGCUUCCGAAAAUUAUAUCAAUAUCACGGACUGUCGUUCGUACAAGUAGCCGCCGUCAACAGGAAAUCAAAACGAAAGAGAAAUGUAAUAACAAAAACCCGAAGAAACCAGUUCACCAAUCAUUUCCGCUCAAAGUUUAUCUUCCGAUUAAGUCGAUGUUAGUCACAGCACUGUUGUUAGUGCAAUGCUCGCCAUCUACUGCUGCUACACCACAUAUAAACUGGCAAGACAUCUUUCUCGGUCACGAAGACAACAUAUGUAUAUUUACCGGAUGCAUCACCUUUCGUGAUACUGGACAAAUAGAAGUGAUAUCGGCCAACAAUGCAACUGGUCAGACUCGAGAUGCUCUUGUUGUUAGUGGACAAAUAAUUGGGUCACGGGAAACGCGUAUAAUCAAUGGACAUCCCACAAAUGAAAAUGUUUCAAAUCAGGAUACCGACACUGAAAACACAGACGGAUUAGAGGUUCAACGGAAAGGAGAAAUCGAAGAAGGAAAUCGUGAGGAUAUAUCAAGUAGAGGUGAAAGGUCUAAUCACGAGUUAGUUAUUUCAGAUCAACGUUUUUCCUCACACCCAUCACGCCUGAUCGAUGCACAGAAUUUAAAUGAAAACGUGAAUGCAUCAACAGACGACAAUGUGAUAAAUGGUCUCGGUGUGUUAGUCAUCAGUGGGCAACAUCAUUGCGAUGACCGCAUGGCAUCUGCACGUUGUGAACUAGUUUCUACCAACGUUUCUGACAACAACGAACGAUUCAUGGAACAAGUCGAAAUACCUAGUAAAGACACAUCGAACAGAACUAGUGUACUCGUCAUAACAGGCCAAAAUGUUCAUGCUAGUGAGCGCGAGAUGAUUGCCAUAACAGACCACGUGACACGGGAUCAAACAAAUACGGCGGUUGGCCUUGAUAGCCCGACAGUUUAUGACAAUAAUGAGAGUGGCAUGGAUAAUAAUCAACGUGUGGCAUCUACACGUAAUGAACUGGUUCUUAUCCACGUAUCAGACAACAACCAACAGUCUGAUACAAUACCUAGUGAAGACACAUCCAACACGCCAGGUGUACUCGUCAUCACGGGCCAAGCUUUCCUUAUUAAUGAACGCGAGAGCAUCGCCAUUACAGAUCGCGUAACAUGGGAUCAGACUUAUAUGAAUGUUGGCUUGUAUCAUCCUACAGAUGAAAACAAUGAAGCACCGAACGAGCAGCAUGGAGAACUUGCCAUCACUGACCGUACCCGUCAGCCCAUUUUGGCCACUGCUGCGCACCAGCUUCUGGUCACCGAACAUACCCACGUAAUGGACUUACAAUGUCCGACCAACCAGCGGGCAGCUGUUACCGUAAGCGAGAUAGCUGUAAGCGGGCAACACCAGUUGCCAAACUUGAUUAGACCACCGGUUAACUCGAAUUCUAUGACAACAGUGGGAAUUAAUGUUAACGACCCUGUUGCCCCUCAUAACAAUGGAACUGAAAUCAGCGAUUAACGUUUAAGAAGUUUUUAAACAUUCAGAAAUAGAUGUGAUAACGAAACAAAUGCAGAUUCCGGGAAAGAAUAAGCUUGCUGUAUCCGACUGCAUGAUCGUAAGAGGCGACUAAUGGCCAACCAAUGCAGAAUUGGGAAUUGUUCUUGGCUGAACAAAUAUAACUGUGAUAAUCAGGUGGAGGAGUGUUACAAAAUGUGUUUCCUAGCGAUCAUAUCUUCAAGGUAUGUACAGAACAGGCGACUGGGCGAUAACGACGUACAAAGCGAAGGCAGUAUUAUUGUAUGCUUCUCACAAAAAUCUUUAAAUAUCGAUUAACUAAUAGUAACUAUAUAUUACCCUUUUGUAUAAACGUUUUAUUGUUUUGUUAAAAUCAUCAAAUGCUGAUUGACACUACCAUAUACUUUUUGAACUUAUGCCAUUAUUUUGAGAAUGCAGAAUUGCCGUUAUCUCCAAUUAAUAAAAGACUGA